CCACAGCUGCAGGCUAUACAUAGCCAUUCUCACAAAGGGCAAGCAGCCUAAACUAAUGCAAUCUUCAAUGAAAAUCUUGAAGGACUUUAAUUAAACUCAUAAUACAAAAAUUUGUUGCAAAGAGUAUUUAUCCAUACCAGGAUUCUACAUGGUCAUAAUAUGGGUAUUCUUGCUGUAUUUGCCCUACCAUUGCUUCUUCUUGGGAUCAGUGGAAUCAUUUAUAUUUACCAGACACUCAUAUGGCUAGUGUCCAAAUCAGCAGUGCAAAACAAGGUAGUGGUGAUCACAGAUGCCAUCUCUGGACUAGGCAAGGAAUGUUCUCGAGUGUUUCAUUCAGGAGGAGCAAGGCUUGUGUUGUGUGGCAGAACAUGGGAGAAGUUGGAAGCCUUGUAUGAUGCUUUAAUUAGCGUGGCAGACCCCAGUACAACAUAUACACCAAAGCUCGUUCUUCUGGAUAUCUCAGACAUAGACUACAUUCAAGACGUAGCUAAGGAAAUCCUGAAUUGCUAUGGUUGUGUGGAUAUACUCAUCAACAAUGCAAGUAUGAAGGUAAAAGGAGCAGUGCAGAGCAUUUCAUUGGAACUUGAUAAAAAGAUAAUGGAUGCCAACUAUUUUGGACCUAUAACAUUAACCAAAGCCAUUCUUCCCAACAUGAUUUCUAGAAGAACUGGCCAAAUAGUUUUAAUUAAUAGUAUUCAAGGAAAAAUAGGAGUCCCAUUUCGUGCAGCUUGUAAGUUAUACGUUCAUUCAUACGAUGCUGCUUCUAAACAUGCUGCUGUAGGCUUUUUUGAUUGUCUUAGAGCAGAAAUGGAAGAAUUUGAUAUUUCUGUCAGCACUGUCAAUCCAACCUUCAUCUGUUCAUACCAUCAUCAGCCAGCACCUGGCAAUUGGGAGGCAUCAAUUUGGAAAUUCUUUUUCAGAAAGGUGACUUAUGGUGUGCACCCAGCAGAGGUGGCAGAGGAAGUCUUGCGCACAGUGAGCAGUAAGAAGCAGGAGGUGCUGAUGGCCAACCCUAUACCCAGAGCAGCAGUUUACAUUCGCACCUUCUUCCCUGAAGUGUUUUUUGCCAUUGUUGCCUCAGGGAUUAGGGAAAAACUGAAGACAGAACAAGAAAAUUGAUUUUGUUUCUUUUCCCUGCUAAUGACCUGGAAAAUGUUUAUGUUUGAAAUAUCAUUUCUGCUACUAGUAUGGGUGGAAUAAAACAGGAGGCUGCUACCCUAAACCUGCCAGUAUCUCAGUGAUUCACUACCACUGGCACCCUAUCAUCUGUGAGGUUUCCACUCUUCUGGAUUUAGUGAAUAUGACAAGGGAAAAUCUGAUAGGAACUCCAUUACUGUUGUUACAGAGCAAUUCUCAAUAUAAAUGGACAGGUCAAAGCUUUGGGGACUUGUAACAACUUAUCAGAAUAAUCUGUCAGAGCUAGGAUUAAUGGAGACUUACAGGAAUGAAAGGAUUGGGAUGGAAGGAGAUGUGAGAGACAGAGGUAUACAAAUUAAUGGAAAACGGCAUUGCAGCCCCAUCACAUUGUUCUCCAGAUACAGUUUUUUGUUAGUAUUUGGUAACGGAUAUUCAAAUAUUGACCUCCAAAUAGAGCUUACCUAAUUCAAUAUCUCAGCUGUGACAGGACCCCAGAACAUAUGCAAAAAUACAAGAAUGGGGCAAAAAUACAGAUUAACCCUGCUGAUUAGAAUCUUCUAGUUUCUCACAAUCUGCUACAUAAACACAAUGCAUCCGUCUCUGCAUCUUGUUAAACUAUCCCUUCUGUCUGUUUUUUGCACAAGUAUUUUCAAAUUCUUGUUAAAAUAUUCCAUCCCUGAAGACAGGAAUUCAUCAUACAUUUAAAAACAUAUUCAUUUAUGCUUUCUUUAAAUCUGAUGUCAGAUAAUAUCUUCUGAUAUCUCCUACUCCUACAAAAAUCACUCUCAAUUUGUUCACUCCCUGUCAUUCAUACCCAUCAUACUUUCCAAGCAGUUACUUGUUUUCCAAGUUGAAGAGCCCUGGUGUCAAUUUGCCCUCUCUUUUGGAGACUUCCAGAUUUUUCUUCGUAUUUUUCUUUACGCCUUCCCUAGCUUAUCUGUUUGGGGUUUUACUGUUGUUUUUUGUUUGUUUGUUUGUUUGUUUUGUUGUUGUUGUUUUAAGACGGAGAGGCCACAGCUGCAUGCAGUAUUCAAGGUAGAUAAACACUCUGUAUUCAUAAACAGGCUUACAUAUAUUUCCUGGAUUACUAUCCUGCGCUUUUCUUCUGCAUGUUUUUUACAAAAUCCUAGUUUUGAGAUGCUUUUCUAAUGGCCACUGAAAAUUGAGUUCCCCCAUUCAUUCUGUUAUGUGAGGUUAUUAUGCAGCAGAUCCAGUGUAAGCAUGAAUGCUAUUCAUGUCAGUUGGGUAAAUUCUGUAGAUCACCAAAUUUAUCUCACUCCUAGCUACAAGGCUUCUCUUCCCUAUCAUACUUUUCCAGUUCAAUACUUACUUCUUCUUACCCUUUGAGAUGAACCAGAAUGUAAAUAAAGCCAAAGCAGAGGUGUUCUGAUCUUAAGUUUCACAUCUGAAAGCUUAAAUUUAGUCUCUUAAACCCUCCUCUUGCAUCUCUUGUGUCAUCAAUGCAAACAGAGAUUGUAAGUGGCCACCUGCUCUUUUGCAAAUCUUGGCAAAAUGCCUUAUCUGCUGAACCCCUUUAUACUCUUAAAGUAUGCAGCCAAGCUACAUUUAAUGCUACAGCAAAGGCCAGUUACUCAUAUAGUUACUAAUACCAGCUGCACUAAUAUGCCUCUUCCUAUCAGUAAGAAUCACUAAAUGUGAAAGGAAAUUCUCAGUGCAAAGAAAAAUAUUCCUAUCUGGGAGAAAUUAACCUUUUCUUAUAUCACAAGUCCAGUUGCUCUGUUCUCAAAAAGCAAAAAUUCAUCUACUUCAGUCAGGGACGUUGUUCACAAUUAGUCAUAAGCAGUGAGUUUCUGCAUUACCCACUGGACCUCAAUCUGUUUUCUUUUGGAGGUCUGAGCUUCUAUUGUUGAUUGAAUAUAUGUUCCUUAAUAGUGAAGUCAAACAUCCAUUUUGUAUAUAAUUCUUUUCCUCAUCAGAAUUCUGUUCCCUUAAACAAAAGAGCUGUAGUGUGGUCUCUGAUGUACUUGACUCUAUGCCUCAGCAAUAGCAAAAUCUCAGCUCCACAAAGACAAAAUAUGAAAUAACUGGGCAGUUUCUCCAGAAAAGGGUCAAGGAAUCUGGACCUCACAGCUAAAUGUGUAUUAAUGUACUUUGCUGUAAACCCAGGUAGAUCUACCAUUAAAAUAAGCUAAAUAAUCUUUUUGCUCCCUUUUGCACUUCCUAAAUAUCAGCAGAAAUUCUUAGUUUAUUUCAACCACUUCAAAAACAUUGAACAUUAUACGGAACGAAAGUGAAAACUGUGAGAAUAACAAAGGCUAAAAUAACAUGCAUGAAGCAUCAAGAAAUUUUGAAACUAGAAAGCAAAAGAAAGUUAUAUCUGAACAGUAUUCAAAUACAUAAAUAUAUUGCCAACAGCAUAGAACUAAACUGUUCUCCCUUUCUGUUGCUGCAGGACAAAGUGCUAAAAUUACUGCAAAGGAGAUUUGCAGGGUAAGAAUUUUCUGCUAAGAAUAGUUAAGCAUUAAGGAUAAAUUGUCACAGAUUUUAGAAUGCCUGUCUUUGGAGGCAUUAAAGAACAGAUUAAUAAAGCAUCUGUAAAAAAGCAAUGUAGCUUUGGCUUAUCCUGCCUGGGGAAAAAGAAGGAUUAAGUGACCUUUUAAAUGGGUCACACUUUUCAAUAAUCUUGUGGAUUUGUUGUUUUUUUUUUUAAACAAGGUUUCUCCACUGACAUUUCUGAACUGUUUUUAUUCCUUAGGGAAAUGUCUUAUUUAAUACAAAGUUUUCUGUUUCA